GGCGCUGGAUUCAGUGCAGAACGCUGUGUGCUGUCGGCGGGGUGGCUGGGACGCUGCGGUGCUGAGCUGGCACAGCUCUCAGUCUCUGAAGCUCAACUCUGCUGAGACUGGCUGAAGAGAGUUGAGGAGCUGCAGCUCGUCUUGUUCAUCUCCCAGAGGACGGCUUCGUGAGGAAGCUCUCUGGUGUGGGAAGGGACGUGAAGCUGCUGUCACUCUCCAUCGGUCUGCGAUGGCGAUAAUCGAACGAUCUGCCGCACUCCUGGCUCUGGCCAUUGGUCUGGCGGUGGCGGCCACCUCUGAGACGGUCAUCACAGAGCACCCGUCGGACGUGCUGGUCACAGAGGGAGACGAGGCCAUACUCAAAUGCAAAACCAGCGGCGAGGCCACCAGAUGCAAGUGGCUCCUAAAUCGCACCGACAAUCCCUACGAGCUGGUUGACGUCAAAGAGUUCUACCCCAAACGGGACGGCGACUGCAGCAUCCGCAUCAAACAGGUGCGACCGGUGCACGUGGGCCGCUGGGUGUGCUCUGUGCACAUCUCGCUGCUGCAGGAGCAGCUGGUGUCGCGUCCUGCCGCCGUUGCCAUAGCAACCCUGUCAGCACGCGCCAGCCAGCCGACCAUCGUGGCCCGGCCGGCCAACACCAGCGUCCCGCCGGGUGGCACGACCGAGCUCGCCUGUCGUACCAACACUGAGGUGGCCUCCUGCGGCUGGGCUCUGCCUGGGGACGUGGUGAUCUCACUCAGCCAGAAGACACUGUCACUUCUGGACGAUCUGCCGCUGUCCUUCACCGGUGACCUCGCCUCCGGAGACUGCUCCGUCCGCGUCGACACCAUGUCGGAGCGCUUUGCCGGCGAGUGGAGCUGCUUCUUCAACAUCGGUGACAACACUAUCUGGACGAGCCCGGCGCAUCUGGAGCUGGUCUCCGCGCAGGCUCAGACAGGUGGCAUUCAGGCUGCUGUCAGCCCGGCCGUGCUCGCCGUCCUGGUGAUAGCUGUGAUAGCCCUGGCCUCAGUCAUCUCAGCUGCCAUCUGGUUCCGUCGGCGGCGAGCUCAGCUGCGUCACGACAAACUCCUCGAGAACCCUCUCUACGGCAUCCGUAACCUACAGCUGGCCGCUGCUGCCACCGCCGCUCAGCACCAGGCUAAGGAGGACAACCGGCUCAACACCAUGACGGCUCUGUCGGCGGCACCGAGCGCCCGAGCACUACAUGAACUCGGCCUCGCUCAGCGUGCACUCCCCAACGACUACUCGGGGAAGAAUGGCGGAGCUAGUACCGACAAAGAGCGAGUGUACGCGCAUGUGUACGACACUCCACGCAAGUCGAAUCUGUACGACGUACCGAGCUCUCGCGAGGCGUACUCUGUUCCUCGCUCGUCAUAUGAGAUCCCGCCGACACCUGUACGGGUGGAUUUCCAUGGAGGCGGUGAGGAGGGAAAUGUCUACGAAGAGGUGCGUUCCACCAAGUAUAAAGAUGAGGACAUGGAUGGGUACCUGGUUCCCAGUGAGAAGAUGAAGAUGUGAGGAGGGACGGGAUCCUGAGGAUAGAAGCACGGGCAGGUGAUGUGGUAACUGAGACUGCCUGACUCUUGACUCUCAGCUGGACUGAGUAUCAAGUCAGGAGCGAGAUAACGGGGGUGAGUUAUUGAACUUUUCUGAGUCUGUGUGGCGAGGUAUGGACAUUGGACAAUUAGUGAGUACCUGUCGAUACUGCACCGUUGUGGGUGUUGUGUUUUGCCGUAUUGUAUUUUUGCUAGGCCAGCACUUUCCAGUAUGGAGGAUGUGUAUUGUGUAUGGGUGGAUGAGCAUUUGCGUGGUGUAUUAGUGCGUAACUUGCGGUACUGCCACGGUUUCCUUCGACAUUAAGGCUGUGUGCAUUAAUGUGAAGCUGGAGCGGUAAGUGCUUAUCUGCCGGUCAGGACCGUUAGUAGCGCAAUGCUCUACUUGCGAUGGUUUGUGCGACAUGCUGUAAGUUAUGAGUUGGUGAUAUACGUAUACAAGUGUAAAUAUGAACCGAUUGGUACUACCUUUUGAUAUCAUUGAGAUAUCCUAUGCACGUGCACGUGUCCAUAAUUAUUUUUGGUCGCGAACUUUCAUAAAUGUUGUAAAUAUGUACAUCGCUGCUCGAAAGUAGACAGUUGAAUGAGUUCUCUGAAGAUGCUGAUGCUUGUGAAUAUCUCAAUACCAUUAGGUUGAGCCCUUUUCAAACGAGCUGAUCGGUUUUACGCCUUUGGCAGUGUCGACAUUUUACAUCAUUCUCCCUAAAAAGAUAUCUUGUAUAUAGUGCUGGAUAUUGGACCAAUCGUCAACGUUAAACCGAAAUACAGAAUAAGAAGGUUU